UCCGAAAAAACCUUAGGGAAAAUUACUGUUGUGUGAAGACAGAAUGGGGCUCUUGACCAUGAUCCGGUCGCUCAAGCGAAAGGAGGGCGAGGCGCGCCUCCUGGUGCUGGGUCUCGAUAAUGCUGGCAAAACGACCAUCCUGAAGUCGCUCAGCGAGGAGGACAUUACGACCAUUACCCCCACACAGGGUUUCAACAUUAAAUCUCUAUCCCGAGACGGAUUCAACCUGAAAAUUUGGGACAUUGGCGGCCAAAAGACUAUUCGGCCUUACUGGCAAGUGGUUGUCGAAAUCCAGCGGAACUACUUCGAUCAGACUGAUGCGCUGAUCUAUGUUAUCGACUCCUCGGACCGCAAGCGCCUGGAAGAGUCUCACUACGAGCUUUCCCAGCUUCUGCAGGAUGACAAGAUGGGUGGCGUGCCGCUACUCGUCUUUGCGAACAAGCAGGACCUCAUGGGCGCCGCGGAAGCUGGCGAAAUUGCCGAGCUUCUGGAGCUUACGUCCAUUCGGGACCGGCCGUGGCAGAUUCAGGCUUGCUCUGCCAAGACUGGCACGGGGCUGCAGGAGGGUAUGGAGUGGGUCAUGAAGCAGGUCAAGUGAACGUAUCCCGGUGUCCGGGGAGCUGAAAAUGGAGCAGGGUUGUGCGUAUUGUGUGCAUAUAGGGGUCGACGUAUUGACAAUUGAGGGGGUAGGAACUAGGCAUUCGGUACACACGUGCGGCAGCUGCGACUCGAUUUGCGGGCGGACGAUCGUGCACUAAUAGGCAGGAUGUUAAACGCUGCACAACGCGACAUAGGACCAGACCAGACCGUUACUCGUUGACCGGUUAUUACUAACCUCGCUCGUGGACAUGAAGCUUCGAAAGGGUUUGCUUCCUUUACAAGAGUACAUAAACUUGGUGUUCGCAGCAUUCGCUGCUUUCAUAAACGCCCAGGCGUGUGGAUGGCAGCAAUUUGUAAACAUCCUCUU